GGGAUCGUCCUUGGGGAUUGCAUUAAAAAGAAGGGGGAGAAAUUCGAGGCACAAAUCACCGGCAUGGACGGCUCCAGUGUCACCGUCAAAGACUUGAAAUCCGGCGGAGUUUUGAAAGUCCAGGCGAGGGACAUGCUAUGUGCAGGAUGGAUUGUUUUCUCUCCGAAAGCGGAACCCGAGUCCAUUGCAAGCUUGCAGUCCAUGGGGCCCAAGAAGAACAACGACUUCUUGGCUGGCUAUGUCAUCGGGGAGAUCUACCAGGUCAUGCACGACCUCGGCUCCACACACGAGUCCCACAAGGACACCGCCCCCGAAAAGGGGAAGCACUUCCUCUCGGCCAACUUCUUGGUUGGGUCCUGCGAAGACGAAGAAUCCGCCAACAUGGUUCAGAUCAUGUCCGGGACCGCCCAAUCCUCGAUUCGCAUCCCGAUGUUCAAGAACAGCAAGGAGAUUGGCAUCGGCGCUGUUCUAAACUUCCUGAAAGUGAAGCAGGUUGAGGCGGAUGAGCAUGCUCCGAAAGCUAAGAAGGCGAAAACUUCCAAGAAGUGA